GAGUCAAAGACAUUCACCAUAUCCCGCUUCACCCCGUAAUAACACUAAUAUAAACAACCCUGGUAUGAGAAAUUCUGAGCAAAAUAUUAGCGUCCCACCGCCUCCAAUUGAAACAUUAUCUCCUCAACCACCACCUUACUCACGGGCCACAGAUGAAGCACAAAAUAAUAAUCAGAGCCAAGACAGUUCUAACCACGAAGUAGCUGUCUCCGGCAGUAAUCUAACACCUGAUUUGCUAAAUUUAUCCUUAUCACGAAACGAAAGUGAUGUCAUUAUGCACGAUAUAGGAACAGGUCAACAUUUAAUAGUCGGCACGAAUAAUCCACCAAUUAAUCUUGAUAAUAUUCUUGCAAACCCAGGACGUUCAUACCAGCAUACAGUAGGGGGGGUACGAUUAGAAUUGGUAUUCAAUGAAUCUGGAGGGUCUGGCUUUCAAGAAAAUGCUG